AUGAAUAGUACUUUUGAAUAUGCUCAGUCCAACCUUCCUUCCAAUACAAUUUUUAUAUUUUGGACACACACUCUAAAUGAAAUAGGCGCACGCAAUAACAAUGCUGGUAACUGGACACCCAAUCACUUCGUACCAUUAAUACUUCCAUCAAACAAUCCCGAAUUUCAAACCAAUCUGUCGCAUCCCCAGGUUCUUUCUUCUGAUACUACACCAACUAAAUCAACAAGGAAGAAUAGCAUUGCGACUCAAGUUCGUAUUCCAAAUUUCAACAUGGAGGACGGUGAACAGCAACUAUUUCUAACAUCUCCAAUGAUUUCCCAACCAGCGGAAGAAAUAUCAACAACCCCUCGGACCAAACGUAGGCAAUAUUCAAUAGAAAACAAUUCCAACGCAGACACAACCAAUGUUGAAAAUCAACGAACCUUAGCCCGGGAAAGAAUGUCCAUUAAUCGAGCACAAGCUAUACCAGAAGAAGUCGAACGCCAACGGGUACUUGCAAGGCAAAGAAGUGCAACUAGAAGAGCUACAUUAACACCGGAACAAGCAGAGCAACAACGGACUGUUGCUCGUGAAAGAAGUGCAUCCAGAAGAGCUUCAUUGACAACACACGAAAUUGAACGACAACGAGCACUUAAUCGGGAGAGAAAUGCUGCUACCAGAGCUUCUCUUACACCAGAACAAGCAGAGCAAAAACGGACCCUUGUUCGUGAAAGAAGUGCAUCCAGAAGAGCUUCAUUGACAUCACAAGAAAUUGAACUACAGCGAGCACUUACUCGGGAGAGAAAUGCUACUACCAGAGCUUCUCUUACACCAGAACAAGCAGAGCAACAACGUAUACUAGCUUCUAUGAGGACUAUGGCCACACGAGCUACUGCAUCGCCGAAAAUAGCGGAAGAACAACGAGUACUGACACGCAAGAGAAUUGCUACAAGGCGAGCUGCCUAUACGCCAGAAGAAGCUGAACAACAGCGUGAAGCGGCCCGCAGGAGAAGUCUUCUUAAAAAAACUUCGAAAAGUAAACAGAUAGUGACUAAAACAGGAGUAUGUAAAACUAUCGAAGUUGAAUGGCCAAAGCCUGCUGAUACGGAGUGCAAAACUAACUGUUUGAAGAAAUUCAUUCAACAAAUGUCUAUGGGUUCACUAGCAGAAGGUAUAUGUGGAAUAUGUAAUAUUCGUUGUUACCAGCGAGAUCUGCGACGUGUACCGUUGAAUAAAAUUCCAUCGAUUGAAUUACUUAAGACACCUGAGGAUCUUUGUAGCGUGAUUCCUUGUAUACAACGAACACAGAACUUGCAUUCCAAUGAAAAGCACAAUAUAAAUAAUGAUGUUGAUUUGGCAAUGGUUGAAGGUGAAGCAGAUAGCGAAGUACAAUCGUCAAUGAAUAACUUAUCAUUCACUAGUAUAAAGGAUGUAGUUUUUUAUGAACGAGGACUACAUCGUAGUCUUGAUAAGAAGAAACGUUAUUUUAUACAUUGUGACAUUUGCAUGGAGUGCUGGUCUGCAUUGACAAAGGAAAAAAUACCAAAGUUUUCGGUGGCCAACAAAAUAUGGAUGGGAGAUGUGCCAAAAGAACUGCAGGGACUAACCAUUCCUGAGCAAAGACUCAUUGCUGUAUACAGACACAAUAGUUGCAUCGUAAAAUUGCAUUCAUCUUUUUAUUCAGCAGCCACAGCUCAAUCGGCUAUUAAAGGCAACUGUAUAAGCUUUCCACAGGAUGUGGUGAACAUUGCUGCUACCUUACCAUUAGAGUUAGAGGAUCUAUGUGAUUCACUAAAAAUAAUUUUUGUCGGCUGUCGCACUCCGGAAAGAAAUCAACUAAAAAAUAUUUUGACAGUUCGAAAAAAGAAAGUACUGAACGCAUUACAAUGGCUCAGACAAAACAACCCACUCUAUCGAAAUGUAGUAAUUAAUCAAUCAAUAAUCGAUAAAUUACCUGACGAUGAUGUACCAGAAUGUUUGUGGGCAACAAUGCAAGUCUCCGACAACGUUGAAACUGCUACAAAUGAAAGAGCAAGUUAUAUUCCCGAUCUUUUGAUCAAUGCAUCUGAAUCAAAUAAUACAGCAAUUGUACCUUUAAUUCCGAGUGCUGUUUUAGAUGUUAAUGGUACCAAUAUUUCGUCUGAUGACGUUGCUGAACAUCUACUCGACCGAAUGAAGUUGCAAACCGCAGAGCAAACACGUGGACUGGCUUCUGAAAGAAGUAUCCAAAAAGAUACUGUAUACAUGAUUCCUCGUGGUAACAGACCGGUGAAUGAAUAUUCUAAUCCAAACCUAUUAUUAGGCAUCUUUCCUACGCUUUUUCCAUAUGGUUGUGGUUCAAUUGAAGAUGGUUCUCGACCGGUUAAAAUAGAUUUUCGUGAGCAUCUCAGAUAUCUUCUUUCGUUUGGAGAUCGUCGUUUUGAAGAACACUACUCAUUCAUAUUUGUUGUUUUCAAUAUUCUACAACGCCGUACUGCAUGCUUUCAUGCACAUUUAAUGACAUCAAGACCAUACUUUCAGCAAUCUGCACAACUUCUAGAGUCAUUGAGUUCUGCAGAUAUAGCAACAGCCCUUGUAAAUAUUUCAAAAGGAACGUAUUCAAGCAUUGCCGAUCAAAGAAUAAAUACACUUAUGAAGCAUAUCAGAGUUGUUGGUGGUCAUGUUAUGGGUUCAUCUCAUUCGCGGUCUGCUCUACGUACAAAAAUCCACUCUCUGUGUUUUAACGUUGGUCUCCCUAGCCUUUUUGUAACGAUCAAUCCCGCUGACAUACAUAGUCCAGUGGCACUUUAUUUUGCAGGUGUUGACUUAGACCUUGACAAGAUUCUACCAGAAACCUUGGGAACAAGUUAUGAACGUGCCAAAACAAUUGCAACUCAUCCAGUUGCUACUGCAAAAUUCUUUAAUUGUUUGAUAAAAAGUAUCUUGAAAUCUUUAGUUCUUGGUGGUAUACUUGGUCCUACAAAGGCGUACUUUGGUACUGUAGAGAGUCAAGGCAGAGGUUCACUUCACUUGCACCUUCUUAUUUGGCUCAAUCAUGACUUCACACCAACACAGCUGAAGCAACAAAUUCAAAACGAAGAUUUCCGUCAAAAACUACUGACGUAUUUAGAAGAUAUUGUAAAAGAAGAUUUAGAUCAAUUUCGAGAGGAAACUGAGCGGGUCGAAAAAGAAGUUAUUCCAGCCUGCCUACCAACACCUAAUCCCACACAUGACGAUUUUCAACGCAUCUUUCGCAACGAUGUCGUGCGCAUCGUCGAAACAUCUAAUAUUCAUCGGCAUUCGGCAACUUGCUAUAAAUACUCAAAAGCUAAGCCAGAUGGUUUGAAAACUUGUCGAAUGCGUAUGCCACGUGCUCUCGUAGAAAAUUCUCACAUCGAUGUGUCAACAGGUCAGAUAACUAUGCGUCGAUCACAUCCAUGGAUCAAUAACUUCAAUGAAUGGGUUAUAAGUGCUUGCCGAUGCAAUAUGGACAUUAAAUUCAUCUGGACUGGUAGCGAUGCUAAAGCUCUAGUGUACUAUAUAACUGAUUACGUCACAAAAUCAAGUCUUGCUUUCUAUGAUAUGUUUGCCCUUGCGCAACAAGGAAUCAAAUCCAUUGAGCAGCAACAAGCUACAUGUGGGACGGAAAGUGCUAUUGAAAAAUCGCGCAAACUCGUGUUACGAUGCUACAAUACGAUUGCUUCACAUCAAGAAGUUUCUGGUGUUCAAGUGGCAUCGUAUCUAAUGAACUAUGGAGAUCAUUACACUACGCACACAUUUAGAAAUAUUUUUCUGAUCUCGAUUGAAAACUAUCUGCAAGCGGAAAUAAUGAAAGUCAGACUAAGUGAAAAACAUAUUGAUGAAGAGGAAUCGGAUGAAUUAUCAAUACCCUUCCAUGAGGAUCAAGAAGACGAAGCAAAAGAAACUGAAGAACAGUUUAUUUUGGAACCAACAAAAACGAAAAGCGGGCACAGUUAUGUGAUGGUGAACACUCGUCUAGAUUAUCAGCAUCGAUCAAAAGAUCUAACAGCUUUAUGCCUAUAUGAAUUUAUUAGCCUAUUUCACAAAAAAGUAAUCGAUAAAUCAGACAGACGUUUAUUGACGAAUGCCAAGGCGUCUGAUGGUGAACGACUAAGCAUAGAAGGAACAAAGAUGAAUGAGCGACACACUUUUGCAAGCCUACAUCCACAAUCAUCAUCACAUAUUCUCAUUAAACAUACCAAUCCAGUUGUACCAGUUCUUCUGGGUCCUCAAAUACCGCGUCGGGAGAGAGAAGACACACGUGAACGUUAUUGCCGUGCAUUGUUGACUUUAUUCGUGCCAUGGAGAUCAGUGGGCGAUCUUUGCUCACUAAAAGAGACAUGGUCUCAGGCGUUGGAGGCUCGAAAACUGUCGAUCUCUGCUGACGCUCUGAAGAUUAUUGAAAAUAUACAGCUCUUGCAUGAAUGUAAAAAUGAUCGAGACGAACAUCUCCAUCAAAUUAUUACAGAAACUCCAACUAAUAUCAAAAUCGAUCCUAUUCUGAUUCCUAGCUGCUAUGAAAUUGAUGAAAAUAAUCCUGAAGACGACUCUGAGGAACUGUUACAAAUGCUUUCGUUGGUAAAUGAGAGCACCAUUAAAGCUUACUCUGCAUCUCUUAGCAGUCACGAGCAGCGUUACCUAUUUGAUGCAUUGGAAGCGAUUGACAAAACGACGAGAUUUGGAUCACUAAAUGAUUACAAAAAUCUAUCAAACAAAAAUUUCUCCUGGAUCGCAGAUGAUUUCAAUACAUUUAUAGUAGCAGAUUCACAUCAUGGAACUAUGAGUAAACAAUGGAAACAAGACAUUGAAAACAGAAAAGAUCAAGCAAGAAGUUAUUUAAUUUCAGGAGAAGACUCUUUGGAGGUACGAAAUGAUGAGGUCCAAGUUGAAGGCGUAACUUCUGAAAUACCUACAAGUCCAUUUAAAAUGAAUAUUGCCGCAGUACCACCUGUUACUACAACUAUAGCAAUUUCAUUGCCAACUAAAUAUGAUAUCAUCAGGAAGUUUACCCUGAACAGCCAGCAACAGUUUGCUUUCAUGAUUAUUACUGGUCAUCUAGAUGGCGACAACCAAUUUCAUACUGGUACUAUUGACAACCAAUUACUAAUGUGUGUGCCUGGUUGUGGUGGUACUGGGAAGUCUCAAUUGAUUCGUGCAAUUACGAAUUAUUUCCAAAUGACAAAGAGAGGAACAAUGCUGCGUAAAGUGGCACCAACAUCUAUAGCAGCGGCAGAGAUUGAUGGAUUAACAAUACACUCGUUUUUAGGCGAAAGUCGCAAAAAUUCCAAAAAAAGACAAACCAGAACUUUUAGACCAGGCGACACAAAGUUAGAAAACGAGUGGCGCCAUGUGAAGUACUUGAUUAUCGACGAGAUUAGUAUGGUAGGACUUAGUCUGUUGGCCCGACUCAAUAGAAUAGUGAAAACAGCGAAACAUAUUAAUAUGGAUGCUCCAUUCGGUGGUGUAAAUAUGAUCUUUUUUGGCGAUUACUUACAAUAUUCUCCAGUGUUAGAUAAACCUCUGUAUCAUACCCACGCAUUAGCGCAGCAGUAUAAUGAACGUCAAAUCGAAAUGCAAUGUGCACAGAAGAUAAUAUCUCAAAUUAAUUGUGUUGUCGAAUUGAACCAGCAAAUGCGGACGGAAGAUGCAAGAUAUCUAGAACUAUUAACUAGGUUAAGAGAUGGGAAAUCAACAGUCGAGGAUUAUCAACUUCUUUGUACACGAGUAAUUGGAGCUCCAAAUUUGAAGAUAUCUUUGCAACAGAAACCGUGGAACGAAGCUCCUAUAUUGGUUUUUCGAAACACACUUCGAACUCAACUAAACAAUCGAGCUGUACUGAAUAAAGCAAUUGAGACGGGAAUCAGACCGGUUGUUUGUGUCGCUCAGGAUUAUAUACGAAAUAAGGCCAUUGAUGAUUCAAGAUUACGCAAAGCAAUUCUCGAACUGCCCGACAAUAAAACAGAGCAUCUUCCAGGUUACUUACCACUUGUGCCGGGUAUGCCCGUUUUACUGACGGAAAAUAUUGCGACCGAGCUAGGGCUCUCUAAUGGUACACGUGGAAUAUUUCGUCAGCUCGUAUAUGAUGAACUUUCUGAAGAUGUUCAAUUCGAUGUGGCCAUUUUCCCGAAGCAUACUAAAUUUAUAACACGACCAAAAUACGCUUUGGUUGAGUUUUCGAGCUGCAAGCUUGCUUCCGGACUGAAAGAUCUUGAGAAAAAAAUAAUUCCGAUCUCUCUUACUGAACAAACUUUUACAUACGAUAUCAAGGACCUGCUUACCGAAACUGUUUCAAAAGCUGCAAAGGUAGUCAAACGACCAACGAAAAUUGUGAUCAAGCGUAAAGCUCUUCCAUUAAUACCCGCCUAUAGCAUAACAACACAUAAAAGCCAAGGUCAGACACUGAGAAAAAUCUUUGUUGAUCUUGUUACGCCUCCUGGUCCCGUUGAAGUGGCAUCAGUUUAUGUUCCAUUAUCACGUGUUAAACGACUGGGUGACCUCCUGAUUGUGCGUCCGUUUAAUUUCUCAUCUCUACAAGUGAAACCAACUGCAGCACAAAUGGAAGAACUUAACAGAUUAAACAAGAUUGCAAUAAAAACUCGAAAACAUUUUCCUACUACCUAG